UUUUGACCAAUUUAUUUGUUUAGACUCCCACUGAAGUAAUGGAGCCGGACUACUGGGGCGCCAUGCCUCUGGAGGACGAUGGCCCUCAGCUACCGCCGGAGAACGGUGACUACACUGCGACCAAGAAAGACAAGUUUGACGAGGCUCGCCCGAGUUAUGACCACAUCCCAAAGAAAAUGCGGCAUAACGUGGAGCUGAAAAGCUCACUGGUUACCCAGACCAUUGAGGUGAUGAAACAGACGGAGGUGCUACAGUCGCUAAUCGAAACAUACUCAAAUAAAAACGGUUCAUCCAAUUAUCUGCUGAACCCCUGCCUGAUGAUACCCGAAGUUGACUUCCCGCCAGAAAACGCCGCCGACCUGGUGAGCGAGCAAAAGUUCCAGAAACCCAUCUGGUUCACGCCCACCGUUGACACAGCGUACUCCAGAGGCGAUCCAAAGGAUUAUCCGGAAAUUUCGAGCAGUACCUCCCGACAGGUCGUCCGCAAAGUGAUGUGCGGGAUGCUGCGCCUGGCCGGAUUCACUGACUGCUCAGAGUCGGCCAUCCAGGUUUUGACCGACGCCACGGAAGAGUUUCUGCGCAGCUUUGUCGGCGAGUAUCGUGGUUGCUACGAUUCGGAUCCUCGGCUGCAAAAUGCCACUAGUCUCCAACUGAUGCCCCUUGAGCGGGCCUACACUGCCAUUACGGGGACAUCCCUAACUCAGGUUCACAACUACUACAAGCACAAGGUGAUAGCCAGGAAUCGCGUGGAAAUUGGAGAGUUCAACGGCGUACUGCAGGAGUACGACAAGCUGAUGAAGGAGAGUCAGAGCAGCAUGCAGAAACAGCAGAUGCAACAGCAGCAGGACUUUAAUGGCAGCGACUUCCUCAACAUACUUGACAACAGCGCUACCGGGAGCAAUCAGAGCAUGGGAGGGCACCAAAUGGUGGGCGACAUGCUGCAGGAUCUCGGCGGCAGUUCGGCGGGCUCCAGUGGCACCGCCAGCUCUCAGCAACAGAUGCUCUACGGAUUGCUAGAUGGUCAAAUGUCUUCUACCUCAAACGUGGCCGGCACCAGCGGCGCUGACAAUGCAAACGGACAUGUAGUAAACACCUUCCAUGCCACAUUCGAAUCGUAAUGAGCGAAACAACUCCUUUACACUUUAAGAAUACAUUUUUUGUUUAUUUUUCUUCCUAUUGCUAA